AUGCGGAUUAACCGUGAUCGUUUGCUUGAUAUCCCUUGUAAAGUUUGCGGCGAUAGAUCAUCUGGAAAACAUUACGGAAUAUACAGUUGCGACGGUUGUUCUGGAUUUUUCAAAAGGAGCAUACACAGGAAUAGAGUAUACACGUGUAAGGCACAAGGGGAUCUUAAAGGAAGGUGUCCGAUCGACAAAACUCACAGAAAUCAGUGCAGAGCUUGUAGACUUAAUAAAUGUUUCAUUGCGGCCAUGAAUAAAGACGCCGUUCAACAUGAAAGAGGACCGAGAAAGCCUAAACAUAAUAUAACGUCGAAAGAAAACAAUCAUCAUCACCAUCACCAUCAUCAUCAUCCUGUACUAAUGCAUCAUUCGAAUCCUCCUCUGUCGAAUUCUGCCGAACAACCUUCUGCUAAACAACCACCACCACCACCGCCACCACCGGGUAUCGUUUUCCCGCAGCCGAUAAAUCCUCACAUGCAUUAUUUGCAAAGUCCGAUAAAAACAUCCCAGGAAUUGAUACCGGCGAGUGAAAAUUUCGUACCCAACAUUACACCCAUACCGUCGGGACCCCCGUCGGCUGCUGCUAUGUUUUUAGCACAUCAACCACCUCCUCCUGGACUUUUGCAAAUACUCAUGACGGCUGAAAAAUGUCAGGAAUUGCUUUGGAACACAAAACUUUCCACGACCGAACGUGUUGGAGUUCCGCAAUCCAGUCCUCUUGCACUACAACCAUUAUCGCCAUCAUGGGAAGUCCUUCAGGAAACGACAGCGAGACUUUUAUUUACUGCUGUUAGAUGGGUGAGAAGUUUAGGUCCUUUUCAAACUCUAUCAAGGCACGAUCAGCUUUUGCUUCUCCAGGAAUCCUGGAAAGAACUUUUUUUAUUAUAUUUAGCACAAUGGUCGAUACCGUGGGAUUUAACGACUUUAUUAAAUUCGUCAAAAGCAAGAGAUCGACUACCUCAAGACGAAAUAACUGCUAACGAAAUUAAAACGAUACAAGAAUUAAUUGGAAGGUUCAGACAAUUAUCUCCAGACCUUAGCGAAUGUGGAUGCAUGAAAGCUGUUAUCCUUUUCACACCAGAAACGGCCGGUCUUUGCGAUGUACAACCCGUUGAAAUGCUUCAAGAUCAGGCACAGUGCAUACUCGGUGAUUACAUAAGAAAUAGAUACCCACGUCAACCGACAAGAUUCGGACGUCUUUUGCUAAUUCUACCAAAUCUUCGAUCGAUACGACAAUUAACGGUUGAACAACUUUUUUUUAAAGAAACCAUCGGUGAAAUACCAAUUCAAAGACUUUUGGGUGACAUGUAUCACAUGGAAUGA